GUUGGUUUGACAAGCGCAGCUAGCUAGCUGGCUAGCAAGAGACUUAACCCACUUAACCUAAGUGACACAGUCAGCGUUGUUUACAUAUGUGGCUAAGCAGCUGUCGGCGUGUGCUUAAACCGUGACAGAUACUUACUUGUCCUAUUGCCACUUCGACUUAACAGUUACUCUAUGUAAGAUGAACACUGAGGACAAGUUAGAGGGGAUGCUGCUAAAGUGCAGCAGUGGAGGACUAGAUGGAGGAGGGCGAGUUGGGCUGAGCAGUGGAGGAGGACUGGUGGUGAUGACUCUGGGAGAACGAUCUCUGGUGAACCAUCCGCUUCUGGCUGAGGACGAUGACGAUGACGACGAUGAUGAGGACUUGACGGGGAGCUCUCUGGUUACUCAUGACCUGGUCCCUCCAGAGCAGCUGAUGAUGCAGGAGGAGAUGACAAAGAAUGGUGGAGGAGGAGAAGAGGAGGGAGGAAGUGAGGUGGGAGUGCAUUUCCCCCUAAAACUCACCAAUAAGUUGCCCUGCUUACUUCAUAUGCCAUUAAGCAUUAAGCAGGAACUGAAGCUGCCAGACCCAUCAAGCCAGAUGAAGAAGGACAAAAAAGUAAAGGAUCUAAUGGUGUGUCCCAAAAAGAAAAAAAGGAAGCAGCGUUCACCAGCAAAGAUUCUCAGUAUCAAUGAGGAUGGAUCUUUGGGCAUACAGAACCCAAAGUGUCAUGUUUGUGUACACUGCAAUGCUGCAUUUAGAACCAACUAUCAUCUGCAGAGGCACGUCUUCAUUCACACAGGAGAGAAGCCAUUUCAAUGCAGUCAGUGUGACAUGCGCUUCAUUCAGAAAUAUCUCCUCCAGAGACAUGAGAAGAUCCAUACUGGUGAGAAGCCUUUCCGCUGUGAUGAAUGUGGAAUGAGAUUCAUCCAGAAGUAUCACAUGGAGAGGCACAAGAGGACCCACAGUGGGGAGAAACCCUACCAGUGUGACUACUGUCACCAGUACUUCUCCAGAACUGACAGGGUUUUAAAACACAGGCGAAUGUGUCACGAGAACAGAGAGAGAAAGACCAACAAGGCAGCUGGUAAAGUUGGACCUCUGCGUGAACCCGAUUCUUUAGGCCUCCCCUUUCUUGCCAAAGAGUGUUCGCUGCCUAAAAAGAAGCGCCAAAAGUGUUCAGAGAAGUUGCAGAGUUCAGGGGCUUCCACCGCUGCCCAGACUGAAGGGCAUUCUGUUGCUGUUGCAGAAGCAGAGGAGAAAGAGGAGCAGAGACAGAACAAAAUUGAAGGUCUACCUCUCUAUGCUGUGUCCUCCAAAGUCAAGCACGAAUAUGUGAUUUCAGACUAUUCUGUGGAACUCCCUGAAGAAUCUGCAAGCCAAAACCAAGAGGGAGAGUUGUCAUCAGAAGAGACAACUCCUCCUAAAUUAGUUCUAAAAAAAGUCUCCAAGAGGAGUCUCAAACAGCCCAGCGAACAGCCUCCUCCCAGCCUGUCCACACUGUCUUCCUUCGAGGAGAAUAGCAAAGUCACACAAUAUACCUUUGAAAUUGUAGACAAGCAAGGGCUUUUGGAUGUAGACAGCAAUACUGAACUUGAAUCAGUUGAAACUCUUCAAGGAGGUCCAACAAAACCAGCAGCCAGCAGCACAAAUUACGACGACGCCAUGCAGUUUCUCAAGAAGAAACGUUACCUUCAGGCCGCGAUGGCCAACAACAGCCGGGAUUAUGGCCUCAACACAAGCAGCAUUUCUGCUCAGCCGCCCGUCACACAAACUGUGGUGUCGACUGUCAUUGACGAAACAGUCCCUGCCACCAUCCUGGAGCCCCAGCCCAUCAACACAGAGAUUAAAGCAAGUCAUGAUAAGAACGUACUGCCAGAUGAAGUCCUUCAGACUCUGUUGGACCACUAUUCCAACAAAGCCAACGGACAGUCAGACAUUUCUUUUAGUGUUGCUGACACAGAGGUGACGUCAAGCAUAUCCAUUAACUCCUCAGAUGUUUCGGACAGCAGCCCCGUGGAGAGCCUGGCAGCCUCUAGUGCCCACGUUCAGCCACCUACUGAGAAGGUUAGUCUCUUGCAAGAAUACUCCAAAUUUCUCCAACAAGCACUUGAGAGGACCAGCCAGAAUGACAGCUACUUGACCAGCCAGAGCCUCAGCUUGGUCUCAGAAAACCCCACUUUAGCUGGACAGCCUCUGUUCUCCACAGAGAAACAGUUUCCUUCUCCCAGCAGGUUCAAAUCAGGUAUGAGCUCUCCGCUAAGGUCCGCUUUAGAGAAACCUCACUUCGGAUUACUGGUCGGGGACUCCCAACACUCAUUUUCAUUUUCAGGUGACGAGACCACGCCUCCCUCAGCGGUGUCCCCAGCUGAGGAGGACUUCCUGGAGCAGGUCUCGCCCUCCAAAAAGACAGACUCUACGCAAGGGAUACUGCAGACUUUUCAAAUAAGCUCCUUCGAUCAGAACUUCAAGUCACAUUUCCAGACAUCAAGAUCUGGAUCCUCUUCACAGUUUACUGUUGCCAAUGGACAAGUAAGUCUUCGAGGACACAGCACAGACUUCUCAGAGUUCCCCUUAGUUAGAGUCACUGAGACCAGGUCUCAACUGAACUCCUCUCCUGAUGUUUCUUCCAGUGAAACCUUUGGCUGACAGGAGGCGUGAAGAAUUCAUUUCUGUCGAUAAUUUCAGCGGCACUUUAUCUCAUGUUUCCUGUUUUGCCAAAACAAGUCCCAUUACAACUUCAUGCUCUUUCUCAAAGAAGAAAAAAAGAGUUUCUGUUUUAUGUUUUAAGUCUGACUGAAUGAAAAUUGAUUAAUUAAAAAAAGUAUAAUUAAUUCUCCCCCUCUUUAAAAAAAGAAUUGAAGUAGUUCUUGCACCAGAAUGUACACUGAGAUACUGGGCGACCAAAGCAAGAGAUUAAGUGAAAUGUUAUCUCUCAGAGUUUAUUUUUUAUGUUGUCAAUCAGUUUGUUUAAUGAUGAUCAAAUCACCUGUGCUGCUUUAUGCAAUAUUUCCACUUACUGAAAUGUAGGCCCUAUUUAUGUACGCCAUUUUGCUGUUAGCUACCUCCCUCUGCAGUUUAUCUGGUAAAACAACUCGGCAGUUUUCAGUUCACUCCUAGAAUCUUUUGUUAUUCCAGCUGUAUAACUCCUGUGAGAGGACGGGUUUGGAUUUCCAGGUUUGCCUUAACACAGUUCUCACAUGCAGUAUAGACAAGGCCAUGCGGUAAUCAGUAUCAACGUCAUCACCGCACAGUGGCAACGUGUUAGAAUAAGUGCACGGCCCAAUUGAGUCCAUAUGGUGCAAGUACUGUAUUAACACGAACCUGAAAAAUACAAACCUUUCCUUGCAUUUGCCUAUAGAAAUUACAUUGUGGUGUGAUCACAAUUGAUUCUUCACUUUAUGUUGAAGUCACUUUACCAUCACCUAAAAUGGGUGUUGCUAUAUGAUAUAUGUAAUGUAUCCUAAGGAAAGAUUGGAGUGAUUGUAUUUAUCUGGUAUAGACACAGUUUAAGUUUCUUUUGACAGAUUAUACCUAAUUGGUUGUUCUAAAGGCCAAGACUAAAACUGAAAUACCCCCACCCACCCUGCAAAAAAA